ACGUGCUGGAGCGUAACCCAGUGUCGCCGCCAUAUUGGUUAGGUCUCCUCACUCUACGCUAGCACCAGAGUCAAUCGGAGUCAACGGAGAGCGAGCAACUAUGUCCGUAUUUUGUGCAGCUUACGGUUGCAAUAACCGGCGCAAUAUUAAAACCAGAUCGCAUGGGAUUACCUUUCACAAGUUUCCCAGUGAUACAGGCUUGAGGAGUCAAUGGGAAGUUGCUAUAAGACGGGAAGGUUUUGUUGUGACUGAGUUGACAAAGCCCUGUAGUGAGCACUUCAAGCCUGAUGAUUUUGACAGGACGGGUCAGAUUGUCAGGCUUAGAGAUGGUGCGACCCCAUCUGUCUUCAACUUCCCAUGUCAUCUCCAAAGAGGUAGGUUGACAAGGAACACAAAAACUUCAAGGAAAGCUGCAGAGAGCCUACCAGUGGACCUUUCUCAGCAUUUCCCUGAAAGUGAACCUCAGCCCAAUGAUGACCACUCCUAUGCAUUGCCCAAUUCUCCUACUCAUCUAAAGGUCAGACUCAGUGAAGCUUUGGCUAGAGUGGAGAGUCUAGAGCGGGAGAAGCAAAAUGCAAAGGCCCGAGAACGGAGAGCAAAGAAAACCAUAAAGAGUCUUCUGGAAGAUCUGAAGAAAAAACGCCUUAUAAAUGAGGAGUUGAUGAAAGGGCUUGGCUUUUUUCAGGAUCUUCAGAUAGACCUCUUUUUCAAAGCCGAGCCAUGA